AUGAAGAGGAAGCAGGCGCUGUCCCGCAAGCACUGGAUGAAGCUCAUGAAGAACGGCGACGACUCGCUGUUCUUCAAUUUCUACAGGAUGUCGCCGGAGACAUUCGACGCGCUCCACGACAUGGUGCAGGACCAGCUGACGAAGGAAUGGGUCUGCCGAGAACCGAUUUCAUCUGGCGAGCGCCUCGCACUGACGCUGCGAUACUUGUCGUCCGGUAUGCUCGUGCGAGAUGCAGCAAUGGCCUUCAGAGUGGGGCUGGAGACUGCACGCAAGGCGAUCCACCUGACGUGCAAUGUGCUAUGGGAGGUGCUGUCCCCUGCGUACAUGAAGCCUCCAACAGAGGGAGAAUUGAGGGACAUCGCCUCAGGAUUUGGCAGUCGCUGGCAGUUCCCGAAUUGCCUGGGUGCUGUGGACGGCAAGCACGUGAGGAUUAGAUGUCCAAGAAAGGCUGGGAGCCUGUACUUCAACUAUAAGGUAUGGAACAGAACAUCGCAGUAUUGCAUGCAGAAUGUUUGCUGCUGA